UCGCCCUGAUAAGGUCACAAUUGACGCAAUCCCAUUCUCUUGAUAAUCCCAAGCCAACAACCCCGUAAUCCCCCCGCAAUAAAACCCGUCUAGACUUUGAGGUUAUGCUCAGAACCAUGUCCGAAAUCGAUGUAAAGCUCGGUCUGCGAAAAGUACUCGAAAGAAUCGAGCAAGCCAGUCUCAAAACGCCUCAAGAGCUGAGGUGUAAGCCCCCACGACUGGUGGCCGUCACCAAGACCAAGCCCGUCGAGCUGAUCGUGCAAGCUUACGAGGCCGGCCAGAGGCACUUUGGGGAGAACUACGUGCAGGAGCUGGAGGAGAAGUCCCACCACCCGCUUAUUUUGGAAAAAUGCAAGGAGAUCAAGUGGCACUUUAUCGGGCAUUUGCAGACGAAUAAGAUCAAUAAGGUGCUGGCCACCCCCAACCUGUACAUGGUCGAGACCGUGCAUUCGCAAAAACUGGCGGCGAACUUGAACAAGAGUUGGCCCAAGUUCGGGCCCCUGGACUCCAAGCUGAACGUCAUGGUGCAGAUUAAUACGAGCGCUGAGGAGGAAAAAAGCGGGAUUGAGCCGAAUGAGGUGGUGGACUUGACCAAGUUUGUGCUAAAUGAGUGUCCAAACUUGCAUCUGGAGGGUCUAAUGACCAUUGGGAAAUUCGGAUACGACAUUAGCAAUGGCCCCAAUCCCGAUUUCCUCACUUUGAGGAGUUGCAGGGACAGAGUUUGUCGAGAGUUGGGCCUUGACUGGAAAACCGUUGAGUUAUCAAUGGGAAUGUCAGACGGUUAUGAACAUGCUAUUGAGCUGGGGAGCACGAAUGUGAGGGUGGGGACGGCCAUUUUUGGAGAAAGGACGAAGAAACAGUGAAGUUUGGUUGUAAAAAUCGAACAAAUAAACGUUGUUUUUGUGUUUU